GACAGUUUUGGUAAAAUUCUAGUUCCCAAAGAAAGUUAUUAUGGAGCCCAAACUGCAAGAUCUUGCAUGAACUUCAACAUUUGCUCAAGAACUGACAAGAUGCCAUCUCAAAUAAUCUAUUCUAUGGCCAUGAUAAAAGAAGUGGCCGCGUUAAUAAAUUUUAAAAGUGGCAGGUUAGAUAACCAGUUGUCUGAUGCCAUUGUGCAAGCUUGUCGUGAAAUAUACCAAGGAAAACAUGAUAAAGAAUUUCCUCUCGUUAUUUGGCAGACGGGCUCAGGCACCCAAACAAACAUGAAUGUCAAUGAGGUUGUGUCGAACAGGGCAAGUGAGUUAAUUGAAGGGUCUAGGAAUUCAAAGGUCCCUGUUCAUCCAAAUGACCAUGUUAAUCUAGGACAGGUUUGUGCGUUUUCUCUCUUUGUUUUCAAUGCGCUUAUAGAGUUCAAACGACAUAUUUCCUACAUGUAUGAACUUGAGCAUCGCAAUAGAAACUUCUUGGAAAGUAAUACCUUCCCUUAACUAUCUCAUCAAAGUCCUUGAAGAAAAAAUGAAUGAAUACAUGGAUGUCAUCAAAAUUGGACGGACUCAUAUGCAGGAUGCAGUUCCAAUGAGUGUUGGUCAGGAACUAAGCGGAUAUGUCAACCAAGUUCAACAGGCAGUGAAUUCAAUUAAGUUACAGCUGCCCCUAGUCUGUCAUUUAGCCGUCGGUGGAACCGCAGUAGGGACAGGAUUAAAUUGUUGCAAAGGUUUUGAUGAAGAAUUCUGUAAAAGCCUGACAGAACUAACAAAAAUUCGUUACGUCUCAAUGUAUAAAGAAUCUCCACCAGUAGUGGAUCUAAUAUUUAAACCAGCAGAAAACAAAUUUGCUGCACUUGCAGGUCAUGACGCUUUGUUGCAGUUAAGUGGAUGCUUCAAUACUACUGCCACAGCUUUAAUGCGUUUAGCCAAUGACUUCUGCUUACUCAGUUCUGGACCAAGUUGUGGUCUCAGCGAAUUUAUUUUGCCUGCGAAUGAACCUGGAUCAAGUAUUAUGCCAGGUAAAGUCAACCCAACUCAGUGUGAAUCACUUCGAAUGGUUUGUUUACAAAUAAUGGGUAAUCAUUUCACUGUUUCUAUGGCUGCAUCUCAAGGCCAAUUAGAACUAAAUGUUUACAAGCCUUUGAUAGCUGCAAAACUUUUGCAUACAUGUGAACUUUUAACUGAUUCAACACGUUGCUUUGCUGAUAACUGUGUAAAAGGAUUACGUUUAAAUUUAGAUCAAAUUCAAGAGUAUGUGAAAAAAUCUUUAAUGUUAGUAACAGUUUUAACACCACAUAUUGGUUAUGAUUUAUCAGCUCAAUUAGUUAAACAUGCAACAAAGUACAAAAAAGGAUUACGUGAAAGUGCAAUUGACUUAAAUUUAUUAAGUGGAGAAAAAUUUGAUGAAAUUGUAAAACCUCAUGAAAUGGCAUUUCCAUUUGAUAAACACUGA